CUACAUUCAGCACUCUCUUCCUCAGCAGAGUUUGGAAAAGUCAGUCAGCGAUACUGCAUUUGAAUCGGCAGCUCUCUGACGACAAAAUUAAAGGAAGAUGAACUUUUAAAACUAAAUUUCCCCAGUCGCUAAUGUAAUCUAGACUAUUUAGGCGUCGCUAUUAUGCGCCAUUCUGCAAGUCGUUUCUUCCAAUCCUAACUACUAUAAAAAUUGAAUCUCUGCCCGGAUUGCUGUGCUCGCUAGUUUGACUUAACCCUUUGUCGUCUUUCAACAACUUUUUGGCGUCUCUUGUGACUUUGACAAUGGAAUUUGAUUCAGUUCGAGGCGAUAUCAGCCCUGUAAGCGAUCUGAUCAGUACCGGGCCCGAAUCAGUCCUCAGACCUCACAUUCUCACCCUGCCCGAGGUCGGGACGAGGGGCUCCCCCUGCAUGCAGAGCCUAGCCUCUCCCGGACCCAUGGCAGUGCUGUCUCCUGUGACUAAUCUGGCGCUAAACAUGAAUAAUCUGUCUGGGCUUGGAAGUGAAUGUGAAACACCAAAGCGGAAGAAACCCCCGCCCCUCCUGAAGAUCCCUUCCUUUGCAUCUGAUACCUCCUCCGAUGCAGGUCUUGGCCUGGAUUCCCUCAGCCCUUUGGACUCUCAGGAUGCUGAGCAGAAGUUUGAAAGGGCCAUGCUAGAUGCAUCAAGAGUAGUAAACGAGAAAAUGCCCAUUCGCAGGAUAAAUUCGUUACCAUUGCCGUUAUCAGGUCACAGUCCCAAUCUGAAGAAUAAAGAAUGUGAUCCUUCACGAUAUGGAGUAUGGACUCGUGCACACUGCAGUGCCAACAAAGAGAACCUGGCUGAGGAGAAUUUCGAGUUCAAAAAGCCUUCCAUGCCUGCAUCUCGCUGUCGGAUGCGCUCUACAGGUGGGGCCAAGGAGGAUUUCGCCUGUAGACCAAACUCUGCUCCUGCGUUAAUGCAUUCCCCACCAUCAUCCCUUCAGUUUGACUCUUUUGAGAGCAGUCCCUCCAUACGGCGACGCCCCUCUCUCUCCUGUCUCCAUGAUGACGACGAUGACGGCUUCUUGGAGGGGCUUGACGACGUGGAGAAUGACUCGGAGGUUCCCCUCGGAAUGGAUAGUCUUCUCACGGCUCCUCUGGUGGCCAAACAAAGUAUGGACAGUACUGAUUCGCCUGUGAUUCGCUGUCGUCCACGUGGGCUGUUCCGAUCUCCCUCUAUGCCCAGCCCAGUAGGGCGUGUCCCACUUAAGAGACUCGAGAGGCCCCAAGAUGAAAACACUCCUGUCCGAGUGAAAAGACGACGAAGUCUGGCAGGGACACGAGUCUCUCCUGCUGAGCAGGGGGAUGCAAUGCCACAUCAGGUUCAAAGGUCAAAGUCAUUUAAUCACUCACUGAUUGAGAGACUUUUGGAUACAGAUCCCAGUAAUGUGAUUGGAGAUUUUACCAAGCCUCCAGCAUUACCCACAGUAGAUGGAAAAUACCAAGAGUUGAAAUACAUCACUCCAGAGAUUAUGGUUCAAGCAAUGAAUGGUCAAUAUAGUGAUCUGGUGGAAAGGCUGUUUGUCAUUGAUUGCCGCUAUCCAUACGAGUAUGAGGGCGGCCAUAUUAAGGGUGCCCUUAACCUCCAUCAGGAGGAUCAAAUUGAAGACUACUUUUUAAGGCAUCCUAUUCUCCCAGUAUGUCCUGGGAAGCGCGUCCUGCUGGUGUUCCACUGUGAAUUUUCAUACAAGCGUGGUCCACGCAUGUGCCGCUACAUCCGAGAGAGAGAUCGUGAUCUGAAUGAGUAUCCCAACCUCCAUUACCCUGAACUCUACAUCCUGAAGGGAGGCUACAAUGAGUUUUUCCCAAUUCACGAGUCGGUGUGUGAACCCCAGGCUUAUACGCGGAUGCAUCAUAAAGACUUCAAAGAAGACCUCCGGAAGUUCCGCCUUAAAAGCUGCACCUGGGCUGGAGAACGUUGCAAGAGAGACAUGUUCCGCCAUCUCAAGAAACUUUGAGAUGCAUACACUCCCAUUCCUUUAUGAUUUUACUGCCGUUAUUUGCUCAAACACUGCCCUCACACAUUAGAUGGGGCAGGACCUGAAGAGGUGUUUAUUUGCUUUAAGACAGUUGUUAGAUUUCUGGUCUUGGUAUUGCUUUACUGCCACAAUGUCAAGCAAGGUUAUGAGGCUUAUAUGUAUUUCAGCCUGUUAGACCUCCUUUUGGUCUGGUCACAACCCGCUUAAACUGCAAUCAUCCACUACCACCCUGACGUCCUUCUAACAGCCAUGUAUUACAUGCACACACUUUUAACUGCCCCGCAUUUCUAAUCCCCUAUAAUUUUGGUCCACUAUACUAGUCGUAUUUUGUCAGAUUUUAGUUCUUUACCAAUUAAUCUUUGUAUUUUGUUUUUCCCUCUCCUUUAGAGAGAGAGAGAGAGAGAGAGAGAGAGAGAGUGUGUGUGUGGUGCUUUUUAUAAAUUUCAGUUAUACUUUCAGUCCACCCCCCGUUUCCUUAGUGUAACUUGUAUUAUGUACAUUUUCCUGUAACAUAUAACUAUUGUAAUUAUUUAUAUCCCUGCAUAUUUUACAAGAUUCAGCAUUUAUGCCUUUCUAUGCCUUUUGCUGUGAUUGUUCAGAAAUUGUACAGUUUCUUGGAGGGGAACUAUCAAAUGCCCCCCACUCCCCUAAUUUAUUUUUUUACUGUUGACUUGACUGACAGCUCUAACCCGGGCAGGAGCCUGGCUUUUGCUGCUGGUCAGCAAGUGAUGACCAUUGAUGUUCACCAAAAUGUUCUAAGACUAGAUUAUUAUUUGUCCAUUUAAACCAAUUUGACAAGUUCAAUCAUAACUAUCUCUCCCAUGCUAGUGUGAAAGUAUGUGUGUGUUUGUAAUUUGUUACCUGAGUGUAUGAUUUAAUGGUAAUGUGUAAAUGAGAGGUUGGUUUAUGUAUUCAUGAAUAAAACGGAAGUUGGAAUUUGG